GAGUUGGUUCAAGAUCCCAGCAAGAGUUUGCCCCGUGUGCCGGUGCCGGUUGUUCCGUGGUUUAACUUCCUGUUUUCCCACUUGCGCUUCGAUUCGUUUUUUGUUGCCGAAAGCAAGUGGAAUCUGGGUGGAAAGAAGUUAGUUUGGUUCGUUAGUUAUUUUUUUUUGUCGUUAAAGUUUCGGGGGGAGAUUUUCCACGGGUCUGCUCGUAGUUAACGGUCAUUUCCUGGCCCUUUUUUCGUUUUGCGGGAACCUUCAAUGGAAAGUUUUCCACUCCCUGCCUGCUAGAUUGAUUGUUGAGGGCCCCGGUCAGGUCAGAUUUUGAAACCCCCGAAAGAUUCGUUUUUUUUGCUUUUCUUUUGUCGUCGAUCUGUCAUUUUUGUGACGACCGUUUAUGCGAACGUUCUGUCAAUUUGAAAUUCGCCACAACAGAAAACCGGUCGGAAGGAAGCAGAAGAAGAUUGUUUUGUGCGCCUACAGCCCGUUGAGAGCGAGUGAGUGAGAGCUAGAACGGCACCAGCAAGAAGGUGGAAAGAAUAAGAGGCCAUCCGCAGCAGCAGCAGCAGAAGGUCCUUGCAGGGCUCGCCGAGAACAUAAAGGUGCCAAAAAUCGCAGCCGCCGAUCCAGACUUCCGUUGAGCUGGUCCGGAAUCCGGAAUAAAUUUUCAAGUUAGAGUGAAACACGGGUUGACAAGCAAGCGCGGAAGAUGAGUUCCGUCAAACCAGACGACAAGGCUAGCGACAUCCCGGAGAAGCUGUACGAUGCCAGCUCCAAAAAGACGUACAAGAGGCUGCGGUUCUUCGGCAAGGGCGGCUUCGCAAAAUGCUACGAGAUCAUGGACGUGGUUUCGGGCGAGGUGUUCGCCGGCAAGAUCGUCUCGAAGAAGCUGAUGAUGAAGCACAACCAAAAGGAGAAAAUGACCCAGGAGAUCACGAUCCACCGGUCGCUGAACCACAAGAACGUCGUCGGCUUCCACAGCUACUUUGACGAUCCGCAGAACAUCUACAUCGUGCUGGAGCUGUGCAAGAAGCGGUCGAUGAUGGAACUGCACAAGCGUCGUAAGAUCAUCACCGAUUACGAGUGCCGGUACUACAUCCACCAGGUGCUGACGGGAGUCAAGUAUUUGCACGACAAGCACAUCAUCCACCGGGAUCUGAAGCUGGGCAAUCUGUUCCUGAACGACGAGCUGCACGUCAAGAUCGGUGACUUUGGGCUGGCCACCAAAAUCGAGUACGAAGGGGAACGCAAGAAGACGCUGUGCGGAACGCCGAACUACAUCGCGCCGGAGAUUCUGAACAAGAAGGGCCACAGCUACGAGGUCGACAUCUGGUCGAUCGGUUGCGUCAUGUACACGCUGCUCGUUGGCCAGCCACCGUUCGAGACCAAGAGUCUGAAGGAUACGUACACAAAGAUCCGCAAGUGCGACUACCGCAUCCCGACGACCUUGCGGUCGACGGCGGCCGAAAUGAUCUGCUCGAUGCUGCAGUCCGAUCCGAUCAAGCGACCGAACGUCACUUCGCUGUUUGAUUUCGAGUUCAUCACCGGCAGUUACAUUCCCAGCUCGCUUCCCAUUUCCUGUCUCACGAUGGCGCCCCGCGCUGACCAGCUCGAGAACGCGGACCGCAUGGGUAGGAAACCACUGUCCGAAGUUAACGACGACACCCGGUUCGAGUCGUCGUUCCUCAAGAACAACCUGCACGAUGCCAUCACCGCUUCCGGAACCAUGUCGCGUCACAACGAGGGCUACCGAACCGACAUCGAGAACCUGUACAAGGAACUGAGCAAACUGAUUGCCUCGAAGCCGCCGAAGCUGGCGGUCAAUCUCGACGAUGAAAACACCGAUCCGGCGGUGCAGCCCCUGUUCUGGGUGUCCAAGUGGGUCGACUACAGCGACAAGUACGGCUUCGGGUAUCAGCUGUGCGACGAAGGCAUGGGCGUCAUGUUCAACGACACCACCAAGCUGAUCAUGCUCGCCAACGGACUCAAUGUCCACUUUAUCGAUAAGGAGGGCACCGAGACGUACAUGGACAUUCACAACUACCCGCCGCAGAUGGAGAAGAAAAUGAAGCUGCUGUCGUACUUCAAGCGCUACAUGACGGAACACUUGGUGAAAGCCGGUGCCGCCGCGGUCAACGUAGAAAGCGACCAGCUUUCGCGUAUUCCCCAUCUGCACACCUGGUUCCGCACGAUGUGUGCGGUCGUGAUGCAUCUGACCAACGGAACCGUCCAGCUCAACUUCUCCGACCACCAGAAGAUCAUCCUGUGUCCGCUGAUGCGAGCCGUCACGCUCAUGGACAGCAACAAGCACUUCCGGACGUACCGGUUCUCCACCAUCCAGGAGCAGGGCUGCUCGAGUGACCUGUACCAGAAGAUCCGAUACGCCCACGAGAAGCUGAAGAAACUGCUCGAGAAGCUCACCUAAGCGCAUCGGAAUCGGAUUAAAUUAGCUUAGUUUCAUACCGCCGCCACCCCCCUUCCCCCCUCACGCCCUGUGUUAAAGUUGAUGCUGAGCGCGACUCGGCCAGAGGUCCGCAUCAAAAUAUUUGACUGUUUUUUUUACACACUUCGCGAUGCCACUUUUGCUGGCGAUCGCGCGCGAUACAAGAGAGAAAGAAAGAGAGAACUGCCUAGGUGUGUCGAGAAAGCGAGAGCGAAAGAACGAGAAAGAGAGUAUACUUUUUUUUUAGUUAACGGAUGACAUUAUCUUUAGUAUGUUUGUUUAAGUAAGGUUAUGACAUUUUUUUGCUUCGUAAUAAAACACAAAUGUUCAAGAGAAAAAAUGGGCACGCUUUUCAUGCUUGAGAACCGCGCGGCCGGAAGCGCCAGUCGAACUUAACUUAAAACAGUGAUGAAU